UUUGGCCAAGCAUGUAAAACUAAAAGUGCUACUGAAAUAAGCAAAGUUGUACUCAGUUACAUUUAUCUAUAUGGAGCUCCACGUAUUCUACAAUCUGACAAUGGAAAAGAAUUCCGGAACUCGCAUCUUAAAGAAGUUGUAAUACAAUUUGACACAGUCCAAAUGCAUGGUAGACCAUACCACCCACAAAGUCAGGGCAGAGUGGAACGUUUUAAUCGCACACUGACUGAGUAUUUUAGAAUUAAAAUGUCAGAACGUUCAGACUGGUCCGAUCAACUUCCUGAAUUUUAUUACGCAUAUAACAACAAGCUAAACAAGGCCACACGUCCAAAGACUCCAUAUCAGCUAUUUUUUAGUCGACCAAAUUUUGCUGUGCCGCUUGAUGAUCAGGUACCUUAUGCUUCUCUUACUAAAGAAGAACGAGACUUUUUAGAGCACGCCGAAUUAGAUGUUGAUGAAAAUGAGUCAGAGGAAGAACUCCCAGAAGUAUCUGUUGAUGUGCUACACUCAUCCUUAACUGAGGCUUCAGGUGGAAACCAAUUCGCCAGUACAAAUCAUAAUGAAGAGGAACUCACUUUACAUGACCAUGGCGUAAAUGAAGAACAUGGCAAUUUACCUCCAGAUUGUACCCAGGAAAAUGAUUUUGUAGUGCCCGAACCAUCAUUUUCACGAACUGUUAUUUUGCAAGAAAAUGUUAGUCCAUACUACAAACAAAUGUAUCAGAGAAAGUUUUAUAAUGAGCAAAAUAAAGAAAAUGUACCAGUUCAUCCACAGAAUGUAAAUCAAAAACAGUUACCGGUAUUUAACACUGGACUCACCGAUUUUUAUAAACAAAUUCACCGGGAAACAAUUUCAGCUUUUCCACUAGAGCAGUUUUCCGAUGGUUUGAGGGAAGACAUUACCUACUAUCCGGAAGAGGGACAAAAUGUGAUGUACAGACCGAAUCCUGCGAUGAACAAAGGCACCGCAGUUUUCAGUACAGGAUAUUUCAGGAAAGGGGUCAUAGACUCAAUUUCAGCGUCUACUGCUGGAAAAGUGUAUAAAGUGACAGAUCAAAUUACAGGAUACAAAUUUGAUUUAAAUCGUCAUCAAAUUAAAAAGAUGUGAUCAGGAGAAAAUAAAUAGCAUGUGAAGAGUCAAA